CCCUACUAACUCGUGAUAUUAAUGUCCAGUUCAUACAAGUACUGGCCCUAGGUGUCGUCCAUCCUAAUUGCUCCUCUAACAAGACUGGUAGUGCCACUAAUGUGUAUCCUUCAGCUGGUACUCCUUCUGAUGACAAAUCACUCGCCAAUGGGGUGGGCAUUAAUAAGAGAUUCAGAAUGGAGGAUUUAGGACUCAUCUGGGAGACGGUAGAAUCACUGCAUCACUUCUUAUAUCCAGAUGGUUGUCAGUUGUAUGCUCCUGAGAGGGAGCCAGCCUGUGUUCCUCUUGUCCUUACUAACAUCCUUGGUACUUGUACUUAUGCAAUGGCUAUCAAGUUCACACGUCCAUUCUUCAUUGAAAAGCCCAGUGAUGUUAGUUGUGGUCAUUAUAAUCUCCUCCCCUGGACAGGCUGUGUGAGUAGUCUAUCAGUGUCCAUGUUCUUUUAA